AUGAGUGUUGCAAAGCUUGAUGAGAUGUUAGCUAUACAAAAGACUCUGAAAGAGAAGAUUGGAUUAGGAUUUGAAAUUGGUGAAUGCUCACAUCAGAAAACUAAAGACAAAAUCAAAUCUAAUUCAGUUGAGAAGAAAGAACAUGUUCAGCCUGCUAAAGAAAAGCAAGUCCGGAAUCAAAAAGAAAAACCCCCAGUCAAGAAGCCUAAUAGUCAAACGUACUUUUCUUUUAAUGCGUCAAAGUCCAACGUUGUUGUCGGAGGAGAUGGAGGAGGAGGUGAUGGGGGAGAGGGAGGUGGGGGAGGAGGUUUUUGUGGAGCAGGACGAGGGGGAGGGAGUGGGGGUGGAUUUGGAGGUGGAGGUGGUGGAGGAGGACGAUUACAAAGGAGAGAGGAUAGGGAGGCAAAGAUUGUAGCUAGGGAUAUCCAACUUUUUGCACAGGAGGCUGAGUUGACUAUAGUGAUGCAAGAGAGAGAUGAUCUGGCGGAUAGAUUGAGGGAGUUGCAGGAUAGAGGAAGAGUUGUAGCUAAAGCACAGGUCUGA